AUGACUUUAGACUACGAGAUUUACAAAGAAGGAGGUAUUUUGAACAAUCGAUAUCAAAAAAUAGAGGAUAUCAGUGAAGGUUCAUAUGGCUAUGUAUCAUUGGCUAAAGAUGUUAGAGAAAAAAGAUUGGUUGCAGUCAAAUAUAUUUUCAAAUUAGAAGAUGACGGCCAAUUUGAUAACCCUGAGGACGACAAUAAUGAUUGUAGUGAUGGCGAUUGUGAUGAUGAUGAAGAGACGAAAGUUGAUACUGACUGUCAUGAAAAUGAAGAUGGUAAUGCCACUAGUAAUAACGGAUCAAGUAGAGAGAAGAAACACAAUCUGUACAAACACAAAAAGUCUUUAAUCUCUUCGAAAGUUAAAUCAAGACUAUCUAAUAACAUUUGUCUUGAGGCCAUGUAUGAAGUUGACAUUCAAACGAAAAUUGGCAGACACGAAAAUAUUGCAGCUCUGUUAGAUUUUUUUGAUUCUUACAUCAUCAUGGAAUACUGUUCUGGCGGUGAUUUAUAUGAGGCGAUCAAAGCCGAUGCUGUACCCAAGAAAACUAAAUCGAUCACUCAUAUUAUUACACAAAUCAUGGAUGCAAUUGAAUACGUUCAUAACAAGGGUAUUUACCAUCGUGACAUAAAACCUGAGAACAUUUUAAUUUCUGGAAUUGAUUGGACAAUCAAACUUACGGACUGGGGAUUGGCUACUACGGAUAAGACGUCUAUGGACAGAAAUGUCGGCAGUGAAAGAUAUAUGUCCCCGGAGUUGUUUGAUAGUAACUUGGAUAUCAAUGAAAGAAAGGAACCUUAUGAUUGUGCCAAAGUAGAUUUAUGGGCUAUGGGUAUUGUUUUCCUUAAUAUUGUAUUCCAUAAGAAUCCUUUCAGUAUUGCUAAUCAAUCCGACAAAUCAUUCUGUUAUUUCGCCGCUAAUAGAGAGGCGUUAUUUGAUGUAUUUUCCACCAUGGCUUACGAUUUCUUCCAAGUUUUAAGAUAUAGUUUAACCAUUGACCCCGCUAAUAGGGAUUUAAACAUGAUGAGAACUGAACUACAAAACUUAUCUGAAUAUACUUUAGAUGAUGAAUACUACAAUAACUUGGAUGAAGGAUAUGAAGAAACUAUGGUUGACGGUUUGCCUCCUCAACCCGUUCCUCCAUCUUCUGCGCCCGUGUCAUUACCUACCCCCAUUUCAUCCAGUAGCAAACAACAUAUGACAGAGUUUAAAAAAGAUUUCAAUUUCAAUAAUGUGAAUGAAAGAAAACGUUCAGAUGUCUCCCAAAAUCAAAAUGUUGGAAACGGCUUCUUUAAGAAACCGUCUACACAACAGCAGAAAUUUUUCAGUCAGGGUUAUAAUAAUACGACAUUAUCUCCUCACGAAAGGGCUAAAUCUGCUCCUAAGUUCAAAUUUAAGAAGCGCAAUAAGUACGGGAAAACUGAUAAUCAACAUCCUAAACCAGUCAAUAUUGAGGAUAGAAAGAAAAGUAAAAUUUUGAAAAAAUCAAGGAAACCUCUUGGCAUACCAACACCCAAUACACACAUGAAUAAUUUUUUCCAUGACUAUAAAGCAAAGGAUGAAUUCAACACUAGAGAUUUUUUUACUCCUCCAAGUGUCCAGCACAGGUAUAUGGAAGGGUUUUCAAACAACAAUAAUAAACAGUACAGGCAGAACCGUAACUAUAACAAUAACAACAACAAUCACGGAAAUAAUUAUAAUAAUUUUAACAAUGGUAAUAGCUAUAUAAAGGGCUGGAACAAAAACUUCAACAAAUACAGAAGGCCUAGUUCCUCCAGUUAUAGCGGUAAAUCACCACUUUCAAGGUACAGCAUGAGCUAUAACCAUAACAAUAAUAGUUCUGUAAAUGGUUAUGCAAGACGUGGUUCCACUACCACAGUCCAACACUCACCAGGCGCUUAUAUUCCACCGAAUGCUAGGAACCAUCACGUAAGUCCAACGAAUCAGUUUUUGAGAGUUCCACAAUCUACUGCUCCCGAUAUUUCUACCGUUUUAGGUAGCAAGCCUUCAUACCAGGAACACUACAACCAGGAUAUUAUGGAUUCCGAGGGCGAUCACGAUUCAGACGACGUUUUAUUCACUCUCGAAGAAGGCGAUCAUGAUUUUGUCAAUGGUAUAAACAACUUAUCCAUAAAUGAUCAGUUACCACAUGCAACGGCAAGCAGUCACAAUGAAGUAUAUUCUCAUGCAAACAACAAUCACAGCAGUAGCGGCAGUAACAACAACCAUGAUAUCGGCACUACUAGUAAUACUAAUCAAUAUCAUAGACAAUAUAUUCCACCUCCUUUAGCAACGUCAUUGCAUAUCAACAAUAACAAUAAUGAAUCUAAUGAACUACCGGAUUUACUAAAAUCACCAGCAUCAUCUGAAGCACAUUUAAACUUAUCUUCCGGACCAAUUGACCCAAUUUUAACAGGUAAUAUUGACAAUCGGUUUUCACGCUCAUCUGAUUCUAAAGAAGAAGAGCAGGAGCGCAGACUCAGUAUGGAACAAAAAUUCAAAAAUGGGGUUUACGUUCCACCUCAUCAUAGGAAGAGUUUCAAUUUGGGAACUCAAAUACCUCCUGUGAAUAUGAAGACAAGUAACGAGGCCACGUUGUCAGUUUCGCAUAAUUCUGUUAAUUUUGGUGGAUCUUACAAUUCAAGGCGUUCCAGUGUCAAUGAAUCUAAUCCACUGCAUAUGAAUAAAGCACUUGAGAAGUCGCCCGCUUCGCCAGGGGCUAAGAGCUCCUUUGUUGGGUUUCCUAAACCUUUAUUACCUCGUAAUCAUUCAAGCACUACGAUUGCGUUGCAAAAUGAAGACGUAUUUGCAGAUUCCAACAACGACGCCAUAAUUUUCGAAGACGAAGAAUACGAAGGAGAAAGUGACAAGAUGGCACAUGGCAAAAUGGAAGGUGAGGACAACGAAUCCUCGUCGACAUCUCCUGAUGAAAGGCAAAUCUUCGGUCCUUAUGAAAUUUAUGCUCAAACUUUCGCCGGGCCCACUCACGGUAAAAAAUUAGGAGCUGGCAGAAAGUCUAGUAUCCAGGAUGAAAUGGUCGGAUCAUUAGAACAAUACAAGAAUAAUUGGUUAAUUCUACAGCAGCAAGAUUAA